AUGUUGAAAGACGAACAAGUAGACGAGAAGGCUGAAAAGGAGAAAUGCGAAAAUGAGUAUAAUGUUCUCUUGGAGUGCUUGGACAAAUAUAACAGAAAAUGGCCGAUGUGCCAAAAUGAAUUAAAGACGUUCCGUGCAUGUUAUAACGAAAGCGAAAAAAAUAAUACCAUUGAAAAAAAGGAUAGGAAGAGUUAG